UGAGGAAAUAAAAUCUCGAUAAAUGAGCUAUUGUUGAAUCCAAAACAACAGUAACACUCGCCUGUGCGUGUGAGACUGACAUAGGCAAAGUCUCGCGUCAAAUAAUAUUUGGCUAAAUAACGUUUAAAUAAAAGAAGUAUUCCCCAUUAGAUCUCUACCUACAACCAUUAGAAAGGGAAGCCGUAAAAAGAGUCAGCAAUCCCUUGGCCUUGCUUAUCUCUGCGCAAUCUAGAAAUUAGACAACAAGAAUGAAACUCAUGGGCUUGCAGAAGGCCCGGUCCAAACCACCUUGGAGGGUUUUUUUCUUUGGCACUGAUGAUUUUUCCCUGAAAACAUUGCAAUCUCUCAAUGAAAAUAUGAUGAUGCCAUCCAGUGGACGUCUGGUUGACACUCUGGAUAUUGCCCAUCCAAGACUGAAAAAACCGAGCCCCGUAAAUCGCUAUGCAGAAAUGUGUGGACUGACACAGUACCAGUGGCCUAUAAGGGGUCUUGACAAACAGUAUGAUGUUGCUGUCCUGGCCUCAUUUGGACACCUCAUACCAAAGAAACUGGUUGAUGCUUUUCCUUACGGGAUCUUGAAUGUCCAUCCAAGCUUGCUGCCUCGGUGGAGAGGUGCUGCCCCUCUACACCACACGGUGCUGAAUGGAGACAGUAACACAGGAGUCAGUAUAAUGUCCAUCAAACCAAGGCAUUUCGAUAUUGGCCCAUUGUUACAGCAAAGACAAAUUGCCCUCCCUUCAAGACCUACGUUUAGCACUCUGAGAGAUACUCUUGCUUUUGAGGGAGGAAAGAUGAUUAUUGAGUUGCUGCGUGAGUUACCAGAGGCGGUGAUAGGAGAGGCAAGUCAGGACAGUGAAGGCAUCACAUAUGCACACAAGAUCACACAGCAAAGGAGUUUCAUUGACUGGGAAAACCAGACUGUGGAUGAACUUGACCGGCAAUACCGUGCUCUCUUUGAAACAACAGAACUGAGAACAGACUGGGAGGGCACCACUGUCAGGAUGCUGGAUAUGGCUGCUCCCAGCUUGGACCCAUGUGUAGACUUGGAUUCCUCAAGUCCCCCUGGUCUUCCUGUGUAUGAUAAAAAGAACAACGUCCUGUGGGUUCGCUGCAAGGAUGGAUGGACUGGCUUUUUCAGCAUUUUAAUAAAGAAAAAAAUGUCAGCCAAAGCAUUCUACAAUGGAUAUCUUUCCAAGAAGCAUUUAAAAGGAGUGUGUUUUAAAAGCAUUCCCAACCAUUUAUUUGAUGAACAUUACUGGCAGUGGAUUAGAGAUCCACGGCCGUCAUGAUAUUCACUACGUUAUUUGUAGGUAGCACUUAUUGUAACUGAUUUUAUUGUUAUGAUAUAAUAUAAUAUUUUUUCAUUUGUAAUGCUGAGGUGUAUUCCAAAAUAAAGCAGCUGAUGUUUUUUGCAGAUAGUUCA